AUGUCCAACCCCACAUUAAUAUCUGAUGAAGAAGAAGAAUCAAUAGAAUUAUAUAAUGGUUUUGGUUCACAACCAAUAAGUAAAAAUCAAAUGAGAACAAGAAAAAGAUGGUCAUUUCAUGAUAAUUCGAAACCCAAUUUAGUUGAUUCACCAGUUGAAGGUAUGCAAAGAAGAUUAAGUGAUAUAACAGGAGUUGAUGGAGUUCAUAAACAAAUUGAUCCAUUAAGUGAAUUAGGUGGUGCACAAUUAUAUUCAACAGAAUCAGGUAGAUUAUUUCAUGCUGGUAAAAUUAUUAUUGCAUUAGCUGGAUUACCAGGUAGAGGUAAAACUCAUUUAUCAGUAUCAUUAACAAGAUAUUUAAGAUGGUUAGGUGUUAAAACUCAUUCUUUCCAUUUAGGUGAUUAUAGAAGAGCAAGUGCUGAAGAUGAUUUAACUCAUGAUUUAUUUGUUCCCACUCCGAAAUCAGAUAAAGCUCAUGCAUUAAGAGAAAAAGUUGUAAAUGAAUGUUUAAAUGAUAUUUUAAAUUUUUUUAAAAAUGAUAAAGGACAAGUUGCAAUUUAUGAUGCAGUUAAUGCAAAACCAGAAUUUAGAAUUCAAUUACAUCAAAAAUUUAGUAAAUUAAAUAUUCAAGUUUUAUUUAUUGAAAGUUUAGUUACUGAUGAUUCAAUAGUUAUGAAAAAUAUUGAAGAAGCAGCAAGAUCUUCACCUGAUUAUAAAGAUUGGAAUUAUGAAAAAGCUUAUAAAGAUUAUAGUGAAAGGAUUAAUGCAUUAGCUCCAUAUUAUCAAGAAAUGCAAAGUAAUGAUUUAGAAAAAGAUUUAUCAUAUAUUAAAUUUAUAAAUUUUGGUGAAAGAAUCGAAUUACAUAAUUCAAAUUAUGGUUAUUUAAUAAAUAAAGUUGUAUUUUAUUUAAUGAAUGGUUCUAUAAAAUCAGGGUCAGUAUUUUUAGCAAGAUGUUAUAAAAAUUCAUUAGAUUAUAAUUUUGAUCCUCCAUUAGAUGAAGAAGGUACAAAUUAUGCCAAACGUUUAACAAAUACAUUAAUUGAUCAAUUAAAAUCUGAAGGUAAAACAUACCUUGAUAAAGUAAUGACAUCAAAACCAAAACUUGAAAGAGAAUUAUCAGUUGAUGAAAGACAACCAGCUGUUGGAAUGGAUGGAGUAGAUGAUAAUUCUUUAGUUAUAUGGACAUCAGUCAAAAAAAGAACAAUUGAAACUACUCAAUUCUUAAAAGAAAAACAUAUAAAUGUAAGACAUAGAAUUCAAUUAUCACAAAAAAAUCCUGGUGUAGUUGGUGGUAUGUCAGAUGAAGAAAUUUCUCAAAAAUAUCCAGAUGAAUAUGCUCAUUAUAUAAAAGAUCCAUAUCAUUAUAGAUUUUCAAGAGCAGAAUCAUAUCAUGAUUUAGCAAUCAAAAUAGAACCAUUAAUCUUGGAAAUGGAAAGAAUGAGUGGUGAUAUAUUAAUAAUUGCUGAUGAUACUAUAUUAAAAGUUUUAUAUGGUUAUUUAAUGUCUUGUUCAUGUUAUGAUAUACCAACAUUAGAUUUUAAAACUGAUGAAAUAAUUGAAAUUAAAUUUAAUGCUUAUUCAAAUGUUGCUAAAAGAAUAAAGAUUAAAGAUGUAUAA